UUUUUGCAUUUUGUACUAAACAUGUUGAGUUUUCUUGAAUUUCUUUUCGAUGUGUAUCCUUGUUGAUUGCAAUUUUUUCCCUUAAAGAUAAUUUUAUCUUCAUGAAAUGAUGUUCAAAAACCGAGCUUCAAUUUGAAUUUUUAAAAAUUUCUUCUAAUACUAUAUGUAAACCUUUUUUUUUCAAAUUAAAGCAUUCAUUCUCUUUAGACAUCAAGUACUACACUUUUUCUUUGUUCCUCCUUUACACAUGAUAGGAGAUAAAGCAUAGGGAAAAAGGAUAUUGGACUUGUAACAUCCAUGGCUGCAGAAAUAGCUCCUCCUAAUGUUACAUGUUCAAGGCCAUCUUCUACACUAGAAAAAAAAGUCAGACCACAAAAAGAUCAAGCCGUAAAUUGUCCAAGGUGCACCUCAACAAAUACCAAGUUUUGUUACUACAACAACUAUAGUCUUACUCAACCAAGAUACUUCUGCAAGACUUGUCGAAGGUAUUGGACAGAAGGUGGCACUCUAAGAAAUGUUCCGGUUGGAGGAGGUUCAAGGAAGAAUAGAAGAUGUUCUUCUUCUUCAUUAUCAUCAUCAUCGUCACAAAAGCUUCCUGAUUCGAACCCUAAUCCAAGUCUUUCUCAUCAAAACCCUAAUUAUAGGAUUAAUCUUGGAAAUAGCCAAGAUCUUAAUCUAGGGCUCCCUUCUAUUAUACAUGAUCACAAUUACUUCCAUGGUGUGCCUGAGUUUCUUGAAUUUCCUAAAAUGGACAGGGGCAAUAGUGGAAAUAAUCAACCCUUAAGUUCGACUUCAAGUACUACUCCAAUUUCAACAAUGGACCUGCUUAGGACUGGAAUUGCCUCAACAGGGUUAACUUCAUUUAUCUCAACACCAACACCGGAUAUAAACGCUUUGUACACAUCAAGUUUUUUAAGUGGAAUUCAAGAAAGUAGUGCAAAAAUGAUGUUACCAUUCAGAUUCUUGAAUAAACAAUUGUCGGGUACAAGUGCUGAAGCUGAUAAUUAUAAUCUGAGUAAAGGGCAAGAGAAUUCAAGUGCUGGAUAUUGGAAUGGAAUGUUAGGUGGAGGAUCCUGGUGAAGAAAUGACAGUAUGAAAAAAUCAUUAAUAUUAUUUUUUCCAUUAUAAUAUUUUUCUAUCUUUUGACUUGCUUUGAUCAUUAAUUUGUUUGGUGAUGCUUGGAGCUAAUUAGAUAAAAGAUAGAUCUAGUUUCUAUUGUUCUUCUCUUAAUUUACUCUUUGAUCACUUGAACAUAUGGAAUUGUUAGUUUCAUCAUUAGUUUGUGUAAAUGAACUUAAUUUUUCGGUAAGCAUAUUAAAUCU